AUGUUCCAGCUCGAGCCAAGGCAUUCCCCCGGAUUCAUGAAGUAUGCGAUAACCCUAAGCCCCGCCUUAUCUGGACCCUUCCUAUCUACAAUAUCCAAUCUGAUGGUUUACGAUACUAUACAAUCAACAUUGCUCUCCAACCGACUGACUUGGUUUGGCUUUGAGUGUGUCUGCGAUGCCAGAAAUUGGACCCAACAUCAACUCAUGUCCCUUCCUUCAAGUAAAGAAUCACCACUACUGACAACAGACAUCGCAGGCACGACCAUCUUCAGUAUAGUCCGCAACGCUCUAAUUGUGUACAGCCUCAUUGCCGUCUUUCCCUUGCCUUUAUCCACCGCACCCUUUCCAGAACUCGCCACUAAACUCGAGUUGGAUAUUUUCGAAGUGCUCGAAGAUGACGACGAGAAUACCGCAUCAACCUCAUUACUCCUAUGGGCAUCAACCAUGGGCGCAUUGGCAGCAAUCGGGACGCCUCAAAGGGCUGCUCUUGUCGCAAUUACUGCCAGGCUCUGUGAGAAGCUGCUGAUUUCCUCUUGGGAAUCAAUGCAAGCUGUACUCCAAGACUAUCUAUGGUCCCGAGAUAUCAGUGAUUUUGAUGGCAUGUUCCUCUUCCUCGACGUCCAGAACCAGAUGGACGAGCAAGACGCUGUUGAACGGUCCCUUCGGUGA